GGGUGUCACAGGUCUGAUGCUGCAGCUGCUGCUUCCUGUAUUGUAGCACCACCAGCCUGAGCCAAAGCCCUUUUCGCUUCAGAGCUUCACACCCUGAACUGAAACGCGGAGGAGUUUGCUUCUCGGACGCUACCGUCCAGCGGAGGGAAACCAGAGGAGCCGUUUUCCAGGUGUAGCUGCUGUUAAAGGUCCCGCUGUGUUGAUAAAGCGGAGGAGCUGCACAUUAGCACUGAGAGACGCAGGGCACGAAUUUUCAGGAGCUGGUGCUAGCUAGUAGUAGCUAGGCAGCUAAUGGCUAGUGACAGCAGGUAGAUAACAUAGGAAGCAGAAAACUAGAAAACUAUGUACAACAGAAGCUAUAAAUGCACGGGACAACAACCUGGCUUAUGAAUGUCACCUCGGUAUGGUGAAGUUUACUGAAAUAGCUGAUUGACAUGCUACCGAAAGUAUACUAACUUUGCUAACGUGAGCUAGCCAAGUUACUAGCCUGUCUGUCUAGGGCUGAUCCUGUUGCUUUUCUGACUGAGUUCCGUACAAAUUAAAGGCAGUUUUAACUUCCCAGCCAACUGCAGGUUAGUGCAUUAUCUAAGAGAAGUGUACCUGGAAUAGUGUAUGAAAUGGCUCCUAAAAGAAGACCCGUUCCCCUGAACAUCAGGCCCAUUGGGGAGGGACAGGCCACCUCCAACACCAUCGAUGCUGCAUCUGAAGCCAACCUCGAGGCCUUACAAAAAAAACUGGGUGAGCUGGACCUGGAUGAACAGCAGCGGAAACGGUUGGAAGCUUUCCUCACCCAGAAAGCUCAGGUUGGAGAGCUCAAGGAUGAGGAUUUUGACCCUAUAUGUGAGCUGGGCGCUGGCAAUGGAGGAGUGGUCAACAAAGUUCGCCACAAACCUUCGGGUUUGGUCAUGGCUCGAAAGUUGAUCCAUCUGGAAAUCAAACCUGCCAUCAGAAACCAGAUUAUCAGAGAGCUGCAGGUGCUGCAUGAAUGCAACUCUCCCUACAUUGUGGGCUUCUAUGGGGCCUUUUACAGCGACGGAGAGAUCAGCAUCUGUAUGGAGCACAUGGAUGGCGGGUCGUUGGACCAGGUCCUCAAGGAAGCCAGGAGAAUCCCAGAAGAAAUCUUGGGAAAAGUUAGCAUAGCUGUAUUGAGGGGAUUAGCCUACCUGAGAGAGAAGCAUCAGAUCAUGCACAGAGAUGUCAAGCCCUCCAACAUCCUGGUCAACUCUCGUGGGGAGAUCAAACUGUGCGACUUCGGUGUGAGCGGCCAACUCAUAGAUUCCAUGGCCAACUCCUUUGUUGGAACGCGCUCCUACAUGUCGCCGGAGAGACUGCAGGGCACCCACUAUUCGGUUCAGUCUGACGUAUGGAGUAUGGGUCUGUCCCUAGUGGAGCUGGCAAUCGGCCGCUACCCCAUCCCUCCACCAGACACCAAAGAGCUGGAGGGUAUCUUUGGACGGGCAGUUAUGGAUGGGUCCGAAGGAGAGGCUCACACCAACAUGCCUAGGUCCAGACCACCAGGCAGACCCGUGAGCGGACAUGGGAUGGACAGUAGACCUGCUAUGGCAAUCUUUGAACUUUUGGACUACAUUGUAAAUGAGCCGCCCCCUAAAUUGCCACAUGGAGUCUUCACCAACGACUUCCAGGAGUUUGUGACAAAAUGUUUGAUCAAAAAUCCAGCUGAGCGAGCAGAUCUAAAGAUGUUAAUGAGUCACACAUUCAUCAAACGUUCAGAAGUGGAGGAAGUGGACUUUGCAGGCUGGUUGUGCAAAACCAUGGGCCUUAACCAGCCCAGUACUCCCACCCGUGGCAACGAGUGAACAGGCACCCCACUGCCCCGGCGCACCUCUGGGUCUUGCUUGCAUACACACAAAUAUACUGCGCGCACACAUACACAAGCCAUUACAGACACACACAUAUUGGCACUUUUUUCAUCUUGCUCUUGAGUAAAACGGUUUUUGGCCUCCCCCUCAUUUAUUUCUCCACCAGCAGCAGGGCCCGUUGAGUCAUUGUACUGUACGACCACAGCUUCACCAUGCCAGUGAGGAGUGUAGCCACAGCCCACUUUUCCACACUGCUACAGAGGAUGUAAAGCACUGAAGGGCUGCCAGUGUGUCAGCUGAAAUGCAUUGAUUAAAAAACUUAUUUUGUAUUGUUGAAUAUGCUGUAUUAAUCUUUUCUAAGGAGACAGAUGAUGGCUUUUGGGACUGUAUUUUAAUAAAAGACCUGCUGUAGUGAUUUUCAGACAGAAAAAUCCCAUCGUAUUAAGUACUUACAAAUUCUUUAUAGUUUUUAAUCAAGGGCCAUGCAGCUAUUUUGAUUGAAAAUCCCUAUGACAAACUUGUCUGUGAUAAAAUGUUCCCUUUCAAUUACCUCCAGUGUGAUAAUCAAAUAUUUAGGUAGAGACUGCAAGAGUCCUUUUUAGUUUUCUCUGUCUGAGAGAGCACUCCAUAGAUCAAUUUGUGGACAAUUUCACAAACCAAAGAGGGUACUCAUGACUACUAAAGUUGCUUAAUGCCUGAUCAGUUUUUUGUAUGCACAUUCAUUAACAGUAUAUCAAUGUACUUUGAAUGUUUUAUUUUACUUUUUCAUUCAGUGAUCUGCACUCUGAAUGUGUUGACAUUGUUUCCUCAGCAUACAUUUCAAUUCACAUCCCACACUGUGUCUCUCAAAACUUGAGGAGGCAUAUGCUGUGGAGGCCUGAUAUAUGCCAGAAUGUCUUUAUUGACAUUGAGAAUACAAUGCUCAAAUGUAUUCAUGGGAUUAUAUAGCAUGGUUUAUCUUCUAUGUGUAUUUGUUUUCCCAAGAUCAUGAUGGGGAUGAAUAGCUGUUUUUAUCAAAAGCCUGAAUAUGAAAUUUCAAUCAUGUUGACUUAUUUUGCCUUCUUUUCUCUUUUUGGUGUUGGUCUGUAGUUUCCCCUGAAGUGUAUUUGGUUAUGUUGUCACUGUACUGCCACAUGUGGCGAUCCAAGCUUUCUCUUGGGACAGUCAGCCCAGAGGUGAGCUUUUGGAAAAGACUUGGGUUAAAAAAAAAUUGAUGACCUUUUCCCCUUGAUUUUUUUUUAAUCAAAUGAGUAAGACUUAACUUUGAAGUAGUAGAAAUGGUUUGACUGAACAUUUUAACCCUGGUCAGUGUUGGUCACAUGUUGGUGGUGGUGUUACUUGCUAGCCUGCCUUCUUGCUAGAGCUCUUGUAUUCUCUCUGCUUAUGGCUGCCCUUUCUUAUUCCCCCAGAAAAUGUGCAUUCGUUCAGAGCAAAAUGAAUGAUUUGUCACUUGUAUGUGUACAAAGCUAUAUACAAAACAGGAGUACUAUUUUGCAGUCUUAAUAUACAAAUUUUUGAUUUAUGUAAAUGACAAGGGAGAAGAGUCAUUUUAUUAUAAUAUAAAAAUGUGUUGGAUAUGGUUAUAAUGUAUAAAAAGAUUGAAAUAAAACUUAUUUGUGAAUGUA